CAUCUACUGACCCGCAACGCAAGCACCGGCGAGGCGCGAGGAACAGGUUGCAAAACGAUGGACGCAUCAUUCCGCAAGAAGAACGGGGAGAAUGGCACACAGAGCUCCAUGUACCUGGAGGAGCAAGCCACCAAGGCGGGGGUGCUGUCCUGCAUCUUCUCCCUGAAAGAGGAAGUAGGGGCGCUGGCCAAAGCCCUGAGAUUGUUUGAGGAAAAGGGCAUAACCCUGAUGCACAUCGAGUCGCGCCCGUCCGGCAUGAACAAGGAGGAGUACGAGUUCUUCGUCAGCGUGGACACGCCCUGCUCGCAGGCCCUGCAGGACGUCAUCACCGGCCUCCGAGCGCAGAUCAGCGGGCAGGUCCACGAGCUGUCCCGCAGCAAGCAGGGGGACAAAGUCCCUUGGUUUCCAAAGGAAAUUCAGGAGCUGGACCGCUUUGCCAACCAGAUCCUGAGCUAUGGGUCCGAGCUGGACUCAGACCAUCCUGGCUUCACAGACCAGGUGUACAGAGCCAGGAGGAAGGAAUUUGCCGACAUCGCCUACAACUACAGACACGGGCAGCCCAUCCCGGCGGUGGAGUACACGGAGGACGAGAAGAAGACGUGGGGGGUGGUGUUCCGGGAGCUGAAGACCCUGUACCCCACGCACGCCUGCCGCGAGCACAACCGCGUCUUCCCCCUGCUGGAGAAGUACUGCGGCUACAGGCAGGACAACAUCCCCCAGCUGGAGGACAUCUCCCGCUUCCUCAAGUCCUGUACGGGGUUUCGGCUGCGUCCCGUGGCCGGGCUGCUCUCCUCCCGGGACUUCCUGGCGGGGCUGGCGUUCCGCGUCUUCCACUCCACGCAGUACAUCCGCCACGGGUCCAGGCCCAUGUACACCCCCGAGCCGGACAUCUGCCACGAGCUGCUGGGACACGUGCCUCUAUUCGCCGACCCCGGCUUCGCCCACUUCUCACAGGAAAUUGGCCUGGCAUCCCUGGGGGCCCCAGAUGACUUUAUUGAAAAACUGGCGACUGUGUACUGGUUCACUGUGGAGUUCGGCCUGUGUAAGCAGGGGUCAGAGGUCAGGGCCUAUGGAGCUGGUUUGCUGUCAUCCUUUGGAGAGCUGCAGUACUGCCUGACGGACAAGCCCAACAUCCUGCCCUUCGACCCGGAGAAGACCAGCGUGCAGAAGUACCCAAUCACAGAGUUCCAGCCCGUUUACUUUGUGGCGGAGAGCUUUGAGGACGCCAAAGAAAAAGUCAGGCGGUUCUCCGCCACCAUCCCCCGGCCUUUCUCCGUGCGCUACAACCCCUACACCCAGAGCAUCGAGGUCCUGGACAGCACGCAGCAGCUGCGCAACCUGGCCAAGAGCAUCAGCGGUGACAUGGGGAUCCUGUGUGACGCCCUGCAGAAGAUGGAAUAAGGAGGAUCUGGGAGGAAGACUCUCGCCGAUCUGGGAGGAAGAAUUCCCUUCAGCUGCCGGCCCCAGGCCUCUCACUUCUGUACACCUCAGCAAACAGUUUUUUCAGGAUGUGUUAUCCUUCAUUUCUUAUUGUGCGCAGUCACAUAUCCAGUGUUAGUUCAACUCUGACAGAGCACAGAUGAGUCCAAUCAGAGCCACAUGUACUCUGUAAGAUGUAACGAUGUGACACUGAACAUUUUACUGUGUGUACACCUUCAUUUGAUAUUAAUCAAUGUGACUGGAGAGGCACACAUUUAAACAGACAAAACCACAAAUCUCAUUAUGCAAUUCAGGGUAUUAAAUGAAAUACCUGUUUGUAAUCUAUGCUACCUUUUUGAACAUGCAUGCAUAGUUAUUAUGACAAUGUAGUUAUACUGCAUAAUAUGUUUUUGAAAGAAUAUUUCAUUGGCUGAUAUUUGUUUUGUAAGAAAGAACCAAAAUGUUUCAGAGGGAAUACUAACAAUAUUUGCACUGUAUUCUAAGUCUCUAAAAUAUUUUUGAAAUAUGCAGUUUCAAAUCGGAUGAGUGAAAAUUAGCCAGUCUCUUCAGUGUGAGAAAGAACGUGCAAAAACAUGCCCAUGUUUAUAUCGCGACUAUUUCCUCUCAACCAUUGCAACCAGGAAGCACUUAUUAAUAAAUCACUUUUUUAUAUUUUACACAGAACAUGAACUGUUAACCAAAGAGGGCUGGACAUGAAAUGUAUAUUUUAUUAUACAUCUUUAUACAAAAUGAAGAUUGCAAUGAAAAUGGUUUGAAUUGUCUUUACCUCCCGUAGAAGAUGCACGUACUCUAUUACAAAUUGCCAAUAAUCUUUUCUUUAUCUGAGCCAAUUCGAUGUCUUCAAAAUGUUGUAUAGAAAAUGCAUCUGAAAUAAAGUUGUGGGAGCUCUCA